AUGAAUGCACCUGAAAAUAAUCAAAUGAUUUCCCCAAAAAUUCAAAAGCAAUUGGUGAAUGCUUGUGCAGUUGAGACCACAAAUACUAUUCUAGCUGAUCUUGGAGAUAGGUGGUUCACUUUACUACUUGAUGAGGCUCGUGACUGUUCAGUGAAAGAGCAAAUGGAAAUUGUUAUUAGAUAUGUGAACAAACAUGGAGAGGUGAUUGAACGAUUUAUGACUGUAGUUCAUGUUGCAACAACUACAGCUGCUUGUUUAAAGGAGGCAAUCGACUCUUUAUUUGCUAAGUAUGAUUUGUUAGUGGCGAGAUUGAGGGGUCAAGGAUAUGAUGGUGCUUCAAAUAUGUCUGGAGAAUUUAAUGGCUUAAAGUCACUGAUAAUGAAAGAAAAUUUGUAUGCAUUAUAUGUUCAUUGUUUUACUCAUCAACUCCAACUAGUGGUUGUAGUUGUUGCUCAAGCAAAUCAAUAUGUUUGUGAUUUCAUGUGGAUUGUUGGUUCGAUUGUGAGCACAUUUGCAUCAUCUUGCAAAAGGGCCGACAAAUUUCGACAACUUGAACAUGACAGAAAAGUUAAACUUCUUGAAAGAGGAGAGAUUAGUUCUGGUAGAGGACUAAACCAAGAAACUAGUCUAGCUAGACCUGGAGAUACACGAUGGGGGUCUCAUCAUUCAACUUUAUGUCGUAUUGAACAAAUGUGGCCAUCUGUUAUAGAGGUUCUUCAAAAUUUGAUUGAUGAUAGUGAUCGUUCUUCUAAGGGUUUAAGUAGAACUUUGGUUGAAAGAAUGGAGAGGUAUGAAUUUGUGUUUAUUCUAUUAUUGAUGAAACGUAUAUUGGCAAUCACAAAUCAUUUGUCAAUCGUUCUACAAGAGAAAGAUCAAAAUAUUGUGAAUGCGAUGCGUUUGAUUAAUAAUGUGAAAUGCAAAUUGCAAAAGUUGAGAGAUUCUGGAUGGGAUAUUUUACUUGAGGAUGAGAUGGAUAGUCGUUUCUCUGAAACAACUACAGAUUUGUUGAUUUAUAUGUCAUGUCUUGAUCCUAGGAACUCGGUCUCUAGAUUUGAUGUACAGAAGUUAGUGCAUCUAGCUCAUUUUUAUGAGGAUGAUUUUUCUUGGAAUGAGCGUAUGUUGGUUGAACAAGAGCUUGAAACAUAUAUUGAUGACGUCAGAUCAAAUGAACGAUUUGAAGGCAUUUCAGAUUUGGGAGCUCUUGCAAAGAAAAUGAUUGAAACAAUGAAGAACCGUGUAUUUCCUUUGGUUUAUCGGAUGAUUAACCUAGCCUUACUUCUUCCAGUUGCUACUGCAACCGUUGAAAGAGUGUUUUCGGCAAUGAAUAUUGUCAAAACAUAUUUGCGAAACAGAAUUGGAGAUGAAUGGAUGAAUGAUAGUUUGGUAGUCUAUAUCGAGAAAGAUGUUUUUAAUACUAUCGACAAUGAGCCAAUUUUACAGCAUUUUCAGAACAUGGAGUCUCGAAGAAUGCAAUUGUCACGUAUUCGUUAG